GUUGCCUGCUUGGCCUCCCAGAAGAUGCAGCCAGGAGACAGCAGCUCUCGCCCGUUCAAGCAGAGGAAGAGCCUCGCCACCAGGAUGCAUGAAGUGACGGAGAUCCGGAUAAAAUAUCCCAACAAGAUCCCGGUGGUUGUGGAGCGCUACCAGAAGGAGAAGACCUUGCCACCCUUGAACAGGACCAAGUUUCUGGUGUCCCAGGACCUGCCCCUGUCCCAGUUUGCUGUCACCCUGCGGACACGGCUCUGCUUGGCCUCCUCCCAGACCUUCUACCUGCUGGUGAACAACAAAGGGCUGCCGAACAUGGCUGUGACCAUGCAGGAGCUGUACCAGGACAACAAGGACGAGGAUGGCUUUCUCUACCUGACCUACGCCUCCCAGGAGAUGUUUGGUGGCUCCUCCUCCAACGAGCCAGCAGCUGCUUGAUCCCAAAACCACUUGCCACCACCGUGUCCUCGUGGCUGCCCAUCUCAGGGCUCCGAUGCUGGUGAGAUUGGGGAUG